AUGUCUUCCUCAAGACUCACCUCCUCUCUCUGUUUGCUAACUUUUGCUCUACUUCUCCAAAAUAUUCUUGGAACUGACCCUCUCUUCAGCAGGUGUUCCAGCAACGCGAACUCAACUGCCACUAGCUCUUAUAUAACAAGCUUGAAUGUCCUCAUGGGUUCUCUCUAUCGUCUUGCUCCGGUGGAAGGCUUUGCUCUUGGUUCCUUAGGUCAGAACAACCAGGACCGACCAUAUGGGCUCGUUCUUUGUAGAGGAGAUGUCCCAUCCUCAGAUUGCAGAACCUGUGCUGCUAAUGCAACCAGGGAGAUCCGCAAGCGCUGCCCAAAUAGCAAACGUGCAAUCAUAGCGUACGAUAACUGUCUUUUGAAGUAUUCUGACUCGGACUUCUUUGGCCAGAUUGAUGACCAAAACAAGUUCUACAUGUGGAAUGUGAAUAACGUGAGCAACCCAGUGCUAUUUAAUGAGAAGACUACCGAGCUGUUGAGCCAACUAGCAGACAAGGCUUCUUAUAACUCAUCAAAAUUGUAUGCUGCCGGAGAGAUGGACCUCCUUGAAGGAUCGAUGAAACUUUAUGGGAUGGCUCAGUGCUCGAGGGAUCUUUCUAGUAUUGAUUGUAAGAAGUGUCUUGACGGUGCUAUAGGUGAACUUCCAAGAGUUGCUUAUGGAAAAGAAGAGGCUAGGGUUGUCGGUGGGAGUUGCAUGGUUAUUUAUGAGAUAUACCCCUUUGUUAAGGCUUAA